AUGGAUAUCAUGCCGCAAGCCGAUGGGCAUACCCUGAUUAUUCCGAAGACUCCAGCUGUGACAUUGCUCGACUUAGAUCCUGAAAUUGCUGCUUAUACAAUCAAGAUUGUGCAAAAAAUAGCGCAAGCCAUUGAAACAGCUUUAGAUGCUCAAGGCGAAGAGAAAUUAACAGAUAAAUUGUCUGCUGUUUACUUGGCAGAAUGGCAAAUCAGUGCUGAUGGUGAUGGCGAUGCUUUCACUAACCGUAACCGUUUCGUGGGGAUUAAAUCAGACGCUUUCAACAUCAUGUUCCAGCAAGGUGAAGAAUCAUCUGCUUUAAAAAAUGAUGCUAAAGGUCAAAAAGGUAGCCGUGAUAGUUUCGGUGAUGGUAUCUCUACAUCACUUACUUAUGACAACAAAGACUACGGUUUUGCUGCUGCUGUUGCAGGUUCUGUAGACUUGAAACCUGCGGGUCUUGAUGGCUUAGUAUUUGGUGCAUUAUGGCAAACUGCUAAACCGUCUGAUGACACUGUUGCAACCACUUCUGGUACUACAGUAACAUCGUUCAAAGGCUUGAAAGAAAAUGCUUAUGGCAUCACUGCUGCAUAUGCGAUUCCUUCUACACCGAUUAAGCUAAAAGCUGAAUAUAUUUCUGCAACAACAGAACUAGAUGGCCGUGAUGAUCGUAAACAAGAUCUUUACGGAAUUGGCGCUGAUUACAACAUCAAUAAGCAAGCUCGCUUCUACGGUGUUGUUGGUCAACAAAAGCGUGAUUGGUCAACUACAUCUACACCAGAGAAAAAGAAAACUGUUAUUGGCUUA